AUGGCGGCGAUACUACCGACAGCAUACCCGGAUGCGAGGCAGCAAGCCCAGAAUGGGGCGGCGGUGGACAACAUCGACCACUCUCUCGAUGGAGAGUCCAGAUUCGGCGAGAUCGUUGCCAUCCUCAUCGUUGGCUCGGUACUAUCAUCAGUCGCAGUCGGACUCAGGGCGUUCACGAGACUAUGCAUGCUUCGGACGUUUGGCAUGGAUGACUUGGUCAUGAUAGCGGCACAGUCCUUCUACAGCUCCGUCGUUGUGUACAACAUCGCCAUCUGCCUCGUCAAGAUUUCGAUUCUAUUCCAAUACCGCAGAAUUUUUGCGAACGAGAUCAUGCAAAAGCUGACCAUGGGGGGCCUGAUUUUCAUGGGGCUCUGGACCUUCACGCUUUCCAUCCUUCUGCCACUAGUAUGCUACCCAGUCGCCAAGUUCUGGGACGACAGCAUAGACGGCAAAUGUCUGGACUACCUGACGAUAUGGUACGCAAUGGCAGGCGUCAACCUGGUGUCCGACUUCGUCAUCUUCAGCAUGCCCAUUCCCGUCAUCAAGUCGCUCCAACUCCCACGCCGGCAGAAGCGCAUGCUACUCCUGGUGUUCGGCCUCGGAUUCUUUACCUGCAUCAUCUCCGCCCUUCGGAUCCGAACCCUGCGCGUCGCAGCCGAUACCAAGGAUCCGUACUGGGACAACGUGGAUGCAGCCACAUGGUCGUUCCUGGAAGUCACCAUUGGAAUCCUAGCAGCAUGCCUGCCGACUCUCCGACCGAUCUUCGUCUCCCUUCUGCCUCGAAUCUUCAACGGGUCCUCUUUCCAUGGCAAGAGCAGCGGCAGACCAUCGAGAUACGCAAACCCCUAUGUGCAAGCGAGCCACAACGACAGAGCCACCGGUCCGCUGUACAAGAGCCAGCAGCCGCCAUCAUCAAGCAGCACGGAAGGCCUGAACCACAAUGAGGACAUCGAAAUGGGCGCUCGCGAGGCCGAGUCAUCAAAGGACUACACAGUCACCGUAACUGCCAGCAGAUCAAAGAGCCCCGAGAACAAGCUUAACCGGCUGAAGAGCCAACGAGACUCUGCUGAGAGACAGGUUAUCGGACAGAUCAUGACAACAACAGUUGUGACACAAGAGGUGACGUUUGAGCGACCGACCAAGUCUUGA